CUUUUUUCGAAAUGUCUAAGUUACGUGAUCAACAUAAUAUACGAUUGCAGCCGCGGCCGAUUUAUUCAGUCAUUGAUCGUCAUCUUGUGGACCUGCCUCAUAUCGGUAUACGAGGUGCAGAGCCUACCACAUCGGGAAGGUAGCUUGAUAUCAACUUCGUGCGAAGGCACUGCCAAUAGCAAGCUGUUAUCAUGUGGAGCUUUCUACUCUUCUCGAACAGCCAUCACUAGGUGGGCAAAAGCCUCUUCCAGAUCUUAGAUUUUGUCCGUGGCCGACGUUCUCCUUUAUUCUUCCUCUGGUUGAUCUCCAAGAAAACCUCUGUAAACUACGAUCAUGGCUUUCAGUUGGCUGCCCCGGAGUCAAAAGACUUCGACUUAUCGACUCGUUAGUGAAGACGCGUCCUUGGAAGAAUCGAAGUCCUUUCUUGAAGAGUCAUCAAAAAUCGAGAGGCAGCCUGCUUCUCGGCGAUCUCAACUUACUCUCCAUAUCUUAUAUGGAAUUUCUACUAUCUUUGUGAUAUCGGCACUUAUUUUGACAUUCGCAUUCAACUUCAGUAUUGUCAGAAGGGGAGGUUCACAAACAUUGCUCCCCCAGCCUCCGUAUGGUAACCCGAUCAAGAAUGUACCAUGGGAACUAAAGAAGUUCGGCCCAUCUGAGAUAUUCACGGAACGGCAAAGUGAACGAAGCGAUGCUGCUUGGAUGGCUCUGGCAGGUCCCACAAAGAAUGCACAAGGUUUCAUCUACAUCCCUAAUGCCCGAGAGCUAAAUCUGCCACCUGGCUCUCAAAAGUCAGACGGCUCCGGAGAGCUCUACGGUAUCAGCAUGUUCCAUCAAAUCCACUGUUUGGCUGCCAUUCGGCACGUUUUCUGGCAACUCAUGGAUGGGAAGCUUGACCCCAAGGAAUUUGAAGCUUCAGAUGGGGACACUACUUCUCCAAAUUACGUUCCCCAUGACCAUGGUCUCUGGCAUAUCAAACAUUGCUUCAAUUACGUUCGCCACGCUUUACAGUGUGCUGGUGACACGACGAUCGAGAUACCAACCUUGUUCAACGGGCAUACCGUCUUCCUUGGCUGGAAUACGACACAUCAGUGUCGGAAUUAUGAGACAGUGUGGGAUUAUACUUUGAAGCACUCCUGAGUUAGAGUGGGAGUGGAGUGGAUUUGGGCGGAGGAUGAAAUCUCAAAUAGGAGAUUGGAAGUUUGCUCCAGGAACUCCUCUUGAAUAUGUGAACAAGAGAGGUUGAUGAUGCUUCACGUUGACUGAGGUUUGAAAUAGUAAAAACCUAUUAAUGCAACCCACGUGAAAGCUUUUCAGUCUUUAGCACUACUAAAGGCUCAUGGCUUGUAAUUGCAAGCUAACUUUCAAUGCCAAGCAAGAUGUUUGCCCACCUCGGCUCACGUUUAAGCAAGCAAGCACAUCUCAUGAAC